AUGGCGGUGGAUCCACCCAGAUGUGAAUGUGGAGAAGUAAAGGCAGUCAAGUUCAGUGCCGGACACGCUGCCGCCUUGUGUGCUGGAGCAUCAUCGGUAGUUCAUCUUCAGGAGGAUGGAGUGGCGCGUCACGACUCUGGGCUUACCUGGCACGACACCUUACCCACUCUCACCACCUUCACCCUCUGCGUUAGGCUCUACUCCUUACGCAGUCGCUACUCUGACUACUUCUUCUCCUAUGCUGUCGAAGACAAUGACAAUGAACUAGCUUUCCACCUCAAGUACAAGGAGAAGGAACUGCGCUUGGCUUGCUGCUCCAAACGGAUUUUCCAGAAAGUACCGGUGAACUUGGAGCUCCUCAGUUGGUUCUCUUUCUGUGCUGCAGUCAACCUCUCAGACUACACGGCCACUUUCGUCCACAAGGGAUCCGUCGACCGCUUCACUCUUUUUGACUCGCUACAGGAGUCGAAUAACCCCAUCCUGGUAGUGUCGGGCGGCAGUGUUAUAUUGGGCCAAGACCAGGACGAACCACUAGGGGGCACAGACAAGGGUCAGAGCUUUAACGGCUUCAUUGCUGACCUCUUCUUCACCCAGAGCUUGUUAACGGUACAACAGAUGAAAGAUUAUCUUGAAUGUAAAAUAGAUGCACUUCUGGCUCGCCAGCACCUGAUGGACUUUGAAAAUAUUGAAGAAAAAUUUAUGUUAGGGGUGGAGACCAAUGUAACAACCUCAUUGGAUAUUUGCAGCUCUGGCAACAACAAGCUCUUUUCUGUGUUUGCAGAGGGACGCACUAAUAAACAAGCCAACCAUUUUUGCUCUACUGUUAAUGGUGAUGUUGCUACACCAGAGAAUACUGCAGAGAAUCUUGCUUUAUUCAAUAUAGGAGCUAAGUUUGCAGACAAAUGCACAGAGUAUGAUAAAGGCAACAGCAUGUGGGUUGGUGUAUACUGGGAGCCAGAAGAAAGUUUAUGGAAAGAUCAGAAGACUCAUAAAGAAGCCGUCUACAGAAAUUUUGAGGUAGAGAUCCAACCUUCUUCAAGGGAGGUUCUGUGUGUUAUUGCCAGCACUCUCGCUAGGUCGCACGAAGUCACACCCAACGGCAACUGGGAUAUUGAAGCUUGUGGAAAAGUUGUGUGCACUGCCUGCCAGUUUAAAAGACCAGUGCCCAUGAAGCUCAGAGGACUGUGUAAAGAGUCCUUUUUUGAUCGUGAGUAUUAUAUUUAUGACACCAUCAACUACCGCCCUAUUUUUAAUGGCAACAGCUGGUCCAGAAUAAUUUGGAACGUUAACCAAUCUGCUCCUCAUGAUUACAGCUGGUUACUCUACCAAAUGGGCGACCCGUACAUCCAGGCUCGCAUGGUGACCAGCUCAAUCCUUACGUACCCGGUGGGUCUGCACGAGUUUGAAAUAAUUGGAGACAAAUGUCCAGGAAGGUUAAAGAAACUGAAGCUCACUUCCUGCGGCCAGAACAUGUUCACCUGUGGCGAUGGCAUGUGUAUUAACCUUAACUUACGGUGCAACCUAGAAUUGGACUGUGAAGACCACAGUGAUGAACUCAAUUGUGAAUCAUUAAUUAUACCUCCAGGCUACAAGAAGCGAUUACCGCCCCCUAAAGUCAACAGUUACACUCCUGCAUCAGUGUUCAUCGACUGUGAUAUCGUUUUGGUCCGCAAGCUUGACCUCCUCAAUUCUCAAAUUACUAUGGAUGUGGUGAUUAAAAGAACCUGGUACGACUCACGACUUUAUUACAAGAACCUCCACCCUGAUAACAAUCUCAACCAGAUUGACACAAUGGAUAGUGUAUGGUACCCAGAUGUAACUAUGCUGGGUUCUGACUACAGCCAAGCCACUUAUGUCCUCCAUAGGACGGCAGUUUGGGGUCAACUUACUGCUAGUCCCUUGCCCGAUGAUGACCAACUCAUUGAUGAAGGUAAAUUAGCAAACUCACUCUAAAGUUAGUCUUUCAAAAAUAGGGUUACAUUUUUACUAAAUAACAAUAAUCUUGUAAUAAAAAUAUCCCAUCCCAAAAGACAUGGUUA